UCAUAUUAACCAUCCAAAAUAGUUUUUAAAUCAUAAUGUUAUUGUUGGGAACUCUCAAAGUAAUAGUAACAAGUUAAAAGUUUUAAAAGUAAGAAUAAUUUGCCUUGCUAAUUUGCAAUUAUUUACACCAUAGUGUAGUGUAAUAAAUAGUUAGAUGUUUGUGAAUUAAUUAAUACUUAUCAGUAGGUACGAUGUAAACUCAAGAAAUAUAUUAUAUCAACCUUUGGACUUUAGUUUGUCGGCAUAAAAUAAUGUUUAAUAUAGGUUACGGUGCGCCUCUUGUGUUUCUCUUGCUGUCAGUCAUUGUGUCGUAUUAUUUUAUGAUGAGUCCAUCAGCAGAUGAAAUGGCAAACAAUGGUCUAUUAUUCAUUUCAAAGGCUACCAAAGCUCAUUUGGUUUGUGAAAGGGCUUCAAAAUUUGUGAAAAGAGUUUUGUAUGUGAAAAUUAAAGACAACUCAGAGAAUACACUGCCAGUGCUCAGCAAACAGAUUGAAAAUGUUUAUUCUAAGGCAUCUGCACAAUAUGGGCAUUUGGACAUAAGACUGAUGUUGAAGCCAAGUGGUACAAUAAAGGAUAUAAAGACAAAUUACCCAAUAGACAUGAUAUUGUAUGACAGUGAGUUAGACAGGGAUAUUGAUCAGCUCAAGAGUUAUAUAGCUACUCUGAACACUGGCUGCAAAUUACAAAGUGUUGACUGCCAAGAACUAAGCCCUGACAAUAUGCUAGAGAAGAUACAGACAUAUGAGAAUGUAGCUCUUGGUGGUACAUUUGACCGCUUGCACAAUGGACACAAGAUCUUGCUGUCCCAAGCAGCGUUGCGGGCCACCAAGCUUGUCACGGUGGGAGUCACUGAUGUUAAUAUGAUUCAGUCCAAAACUUUACAUGAGUUAAUACAGCCAGUGGAAGUAAGAAUACAAGAGGUCCUAAACUUCCUGAAUGAUAUCAAUCCAGAUUUGGAGUACAAUGUAUUUCCCUUGAAAGAUCUAUAUGGACCAACUAAGGAUGAUCCUAAGUAUCAGUUGAUAGUUGUGAGUGAAGAAACACUAAGAGGAGCGACGAAGAUCAACGAGAAGCGAGUAGAGAAUGGUCUGCAGCCUAUGGACGUGCACGUCAUAGGUCUGGCACAAGAUGUUCACGCCCAGUCUUCGCAGGAGGAAGAGAAUAAGAUCAGCUCUAGUAACCAGAGGAUAAGGCUACUUGGCACUUUUUUGCGGCAACCUGAACAUAACCCUAACAUCCCAGACUGGCCAUAUGUUAUCGGAUUGGCAGGAGGUAUUGGCAGCGGAAAGAGCAAUGUUGCAGAAAAGUUAAAGGCGAAAGGUGCGGCGUUUAUAAACUGCGACGUCAUCGCUCACGAGCUAUACAAGCCAGGACUGCCGCUCAACCGCACCAUAUCCGAGAACUUUGGACGAGAAGUUAUUACUGACGCCGGUGAAGUCGACAGGAAGAAGUUAGGACAAAUCGUCUUUAGUGACAAAGAGCAACUAAACAAGCUGAACCAGUUAGUAUGGCCGGCGGUGAUAGAGGAGGCUCAGCGUCGUGUCCGCGCGCUAGGCGAGCUCGGCCACCGCGUCGUGGUGAUGGAGGCCGCGGUCAUGGUCAGAGCCGAGUGGUACAAGUACUGCCAUCAGCUGUGGGCGGUUAUAGUGCCGAGGGAUGAGGCAAUAAAAAGGAUUCAAGCUCGCGACAACUUAUCAGCCGAAGACGCCGCCAAGAGGGUAGACUCGCAAGUAACAAACGAAGAUCAAGUAGCUCACGCGAACGUCGUGUUCAGUCCACAAUGGAGUUACCAGCACACGCAAGGACAAGUCGACCGCGCCUGGAAACUUCUAGAAGGACUCCUAGCCAGUAGGAAGUAGAACAUUCGAGACUGAGGCUUGUACUCGUAUGUAUAUUAUGAACUAAACGUAACGAUGCUUAUAAUGUGAAUUGUUGAGUUAGGUAUGAAUACACCAAAGUGUUAUAUUGUUAGUUGUGUCCGAAAAGUGAGAUCCAACAUUAAACGUUUAUUAAACUACAUAAUGAUAUAAAUACAACAAUAACAAAAUAAUAGUUCAAAUGGUUUGCAUUUUUUUAAUAGAAAAUUCUGAAACAACUUCUUAGUGAUGUGUUAAAGUUUUAAAAUGAAUAGCUAAAACACUAUGUCUAUAACUGUUAUUGGUGCACAAAAACAGGCCAGUAAUUACCAGUAUUGCCUAUUCAGAUAUUACUUCACGAGCGUUGUGAAACAUGAAAUAUACCGAAUGAUAUUUUAACAGAUAUUUGCAUAAACAAAACCGUGCCAUAGCUUGGCUUUUGCGAAAUAUUAAAUUAUCUUUGACAUAAGAAAUUAAGAAAAGUUAUGUAGUUUUAACCGACUUCCCAAAAAGAAGGUUUCAAUCAAUUUGUAUAUUUGUAUUUUUCUUCCGAGUAUUUCACAAAAUUGGUGCUGUGGUGGCAAUAUUUAAAAAUAGUUACCUAUUUCUAUCUACGCAAUUUAUCUUUAGACCUAAUAAUUGUGUCUAAAUCUUAAAUUGUUCUUGCAAGCUUUGUUUAAACUCAAAUCUCGUAAAUAUUCCGUUAUGAAAAUAUGUUAUACAAAAUAACUUUUGUAUAGGCUGCAAUAUGGAAGAAAAAAUAGUAAUAACUGAUACAUUAUACCUAGUAAAUUUUAUAAACUGGCUAACGUCAAGAAAUUAUGAAUAUUCUUUGUCUGUUAUUUAAAUUGUACAAACGUUGAUAUUGUAAAAUAAAAUCGUUUAAAAGUUAAGAAUAUUUAAUAUAUAAUGUGUAUGUAUUUAUGCCUCUAUCUUGCUAUUUGAAUAAGUUGAUGCCGAGCCAACAAGCUGCUCUAUGAAGUUAUUGUACCUAGAAAGCUAAUACGGUUAUAUAAAAUAGGCAUGAUGACAGUAAUCAAAAAUCAUUAAAAUAAUAUAUUUAUUAAAUUAAACUUGAAGCUUGGAAUAUAAAACGCGCAUUGUUUUCUUUUUUUGUAAUAUGUAUUUUUAUAAAAUAAAAUUACGAAAUAAGGCAAUCCGCCAUGAUAUCUUGAACACCAAUCAGAGCUCGUGACGUCACCUCUCAAAACAACUCGCGCGAAAGCGCGCGAACGUCACAUUUCGUUAUUGUGAACUUCCACUGCGAUCUUUGUUUUUAAUUAAUUAAUUGUUUAUAACACGAGUUAUGGAGCCCGGAUUUAUCAAGGCAAACAGCGCUAAUUUGCCUAGAAUUGCUAUCAUAAUGCUGGGAAAGUUUUUGGCGUCAAAUAAAGAUUUUUGUUCAGCUGAAUUUAGAAAUGUUAAAACUUCCAUGUAAGUAUACUAGUUUAAUUAAAAAACAAUGAAAGAUGAAACCUAACCUCGAAAUAGUUAUUUACAUUAUAAACUAUGCUAGGAUCUAGAGAACUAUGUAAUAACUUACAUCAAAGUGAUCUUCACAAAAAUAAAGUUGUACCCUGGGCAAUAUUGCUUUUGAAUCUCGCCUUGCAAGUUUAAGCCACUUGUUUCGUAUUUUUUUAUAGUGAGGAACGUACACAAAUAACUUAUCAGGAGUUGUUUUGGAUGUGUUCUUACACUGGGGGACCCCACAGCACCUUUGCCCUUUCGAAUUCAUAUUUAAUAACACAAAAAACUUAAUUAUUGCACGAGCGUUGUUUACUUGCGUCUUGUAAUUUCAGUCAGACAAGCGUUUUCGCGCCGGAUUCAAAGUGGACAGAGAAAAAUGCAAUUAUUUGAUAAAAAAACUUCGCAUUUUCUUAAAAUUAAUAAUUUUUCAUAUAAAAUAGACGUAUACCUACAUCAUACAAAGGAAUUUAAAAAUUUGUCAUCAUGCCUAUUAUAUACCGCCAUAAAAAAAUUCAUGCGCCUAAGCAAUAAUCGCAUCUCACUCACAGCCGCUAUAAUAUAUUAUAACUUAUUCAUUAUUUUACUUCUGGCAGAUUGUCGUAUAAAUGAAACUCAAUGCUCUAUUGCACAAGUUCGACUCUAUGACGUCACUUAAAUUCUUAAUUGUUUUUUACUUGUCCCCAAAACGCCAGUACUUUCUUCUCAAUCCUCUCAGAAUCAACAUCGGCAUCGUUAAAGUUUGCCAUAAAGAAGAACAGAACUUUACAACGUAUUCUACGUAUUUACUCAUCCUCAUUGUAAAAUCGUGUUUUUAACGUUGGAAUAGGAUGUGUUUUUAAUUGUACCUCCAAUCUGUCAAAAGCAAAAUAUAUGCUACAGAUAAAUGUUGGCUCGUCAUAUAUCUUCUUUUAUUACAUUUAUAAAAGCUGUUCAUAUAAUAUUAGGAUAGUUAUAGUUUUGACAAAAUAAAAAACAAUAUUUUUGUUAAA